ACAACAGCCAAAUAGAGCAGAAAACUUUACCGUUAUGUCUAGGAAUUGGAUUUGGACCCACAUUUAUUCUUAUCAAUAAAUUCAUUUGUUUUGGAUUAUACUAAAUUAAUUCAUACAAUAUAGUUUCUUCACCAAACUACCUUGAUCACUCCAAUAUCAUCACCGAACUCUACGCUCAUCUCACUCUCUCUCCAUGUGGGCAAACCUUCAAUAGCUUCGUGUCCUUUACUUUGUGUUCAUCAAUGGCGGCCCUUUACCUUCUUUAUCUCGCAUCAAAAGGAGCAACAUUUCUCUCUUUUCUAUACAAAAUAUCUCGCUCUACCCAAUACAGAUUGAUGGGUCGUCUCUGUUUCCUCAUUGUUUUGUGUUCAACUAUCGAGUUUUUUAAAAGGGUACUUUUAAUUUUUCAGUCGAUUUCGAGUUCAAUUUUCUUGAUGGAUUGUGUAUCUAAUUUGAAGGUUUUGCUGACGAAUUUUGAUGAUUUUGGAUGUGGGUUUUUGAUUUUCGGGUGUUUUUCCAAGAUUUUCAAUGUUUUUGUGUUAUUCUUUAUGUUUUUUCUAGGGUUUAUGGUGUUGCAAUUUACUGGGAAUUGCAAAUUUAGGGGGAAAUCUAGUGAGGAGAGAAAAGGUUUUUCGUUGAUUUGCUCUAGUAAUGAUGAAAUCAAUGGUUUAAAGAAGUUGUCAUUUGAGAAUGGGACCACUAAGAAGAUGUCUAGGGUUUUCAGUGGGGACCAGAAAUUCGAGGAAAUCGAUGAAGUUUUGAGUUUUAAUUGUGGGUUUAAUGAUGGUGUUGGUAGAAUUGGAGAAGAAAGGGAGGAUUGGAAGGAAUGCUGUCAUGAAGACCAAGUGUUCGACGUUAUUACUCUGAGAAAGAUGGUAAAAAUUCAGAGACAAAGGGCUUAUGUUGCUCAAAAUGAGCUUGAGAAGGAAAGAAUGGCUGCUACUUCCUCUGUCGACGAGGCAAUGGCGAUGAUAUUGCGGCUUCAGAAUGAUAAGAGUGUUCUUCAAAUGCAGGUUAAUCAGUUGCAGAGAGUUUCUGAAGAGAAACAGUUACAUGAUCAAGAGGUUAAUCAAUCACUUCAAUGGAUUAUAAUGAGACACGAAUCCGAAAGGAGUUUAUUAGAGGAUCAAUUGAGGAUGUGUAGGGAGAAAUUGAAGGUACUUAUGAAGGGUGAAGAGUGGGAUCAAUUUGAUAGUGUUUGUCCUACUCCAAGUGCUACUUAUUCCUCAUUUGGAAGUAGUAGGGAUGAUGAAUUGCUCAUUGGCUCGCUCGAUUUCGAAUCAUCGCCUAUGUAGGAUUCGGGUUUCUCAGCUAUUGUUGUGAUUUGUUUGGCUAAUUGUAAUUGAAGUCUUAAAGGAAGAUUUUUGAAUAGGGAAAAGGUUUCUGUGAAUAUGCUUAGUUUGAUUACACUGUAUCUUUUCUUUCAUGUAAAAGCAAUUGGAAUAAACUCAAUAAAGUUACACAUUUUUUGGUUUAAUGAAAAUUUGGUUAGUGUUA